CUUAGCGGGAAGAGUCAAGAGGCAGAAAUAUAACCCCGAAAGGGGACCGAAACUCAAGGACUCGGCCGUGCAACUCCUGCGACGCCACCAGAGCCUGAGUGACCUUCUGCUCGAGGUGGAAGCUCCACCCUGUGGAAAGCCGCGCCUCGACGCAGUGAUGGGUUGUGACAGUGACCAGGGCUCCACGGGCGGCUCUUGUUCUUUCAUAGGCUCUGCUUUUCAGGAUCAGGCCUUGAAGCUGGGGGUUCCUGUGGGGAUCCUGUCAGCAAGGACAGUUGCCUGCAGUAUGAAGAGGGUCUGCGAGGAGCCUAGCCAUCCCGUGCUGCUCAGCACUGAGCAAAGAAAGAAACUAUCUUCCUUGCUUGAGAUUGCUCAGUAUCUUCUGGCACAUAGCAUGUUCUCCCGCCUCUCCUUCUGCCAAGAAGUAUGGAAAGCACAGAACUCUCUCUUGCUUGAAGCUGUGUGGCGUCUUCAUGUGCAAAGUGUCGUGAGCCUACAAGAGCUGCUGGAAAGCCAUCCUGACAUGCGGGCCGUGGUGGCGUGGCUCUUCAGGAACCUGCGCCUCCUGUGCCAGCAGAUAGACACCUCCUGCCCAUCCCUGGACAUCGCUAGGGCUGUGCUCUCUGAUUUUGUGGAGCUGUUGGUUUCACAGGGAUUUCAGGAAAACUCGGAUCUGAGAAGAGUGGAGGAGACUGGAACAAUGUCCCAGGUGGCUGCUGAGGUGCUGCAGAGCAUGCUCUCACUGGCACUUGACGCUUUGGCUGCCGGCCUUCAGGAGGAGUCCUCUGAUCACAGGGUGGUGAGCUGCUGGCUUGGCGUGUUCCAGGCUCUCCCGUGUGGUGGGGUUUCUGCGGAUGCGCUGAAGAGGUUCCUCAGCCACACCCUGACCCAGGUUCUCACUCACAGCCCUGUACUGAAAGCGUCUGAUGCAAUUCAGAGGCAGCGAGAGUGGAGCUUCGUCAGGACCCACCCUCUGCUCACCACGCUGUACCGCAGGCUCCUGGUGAUGCUGAGUCCAGAGGAGUCAGUCGGCCGUUUGCAGGAGGUUCUGGAGACACGUGAGGUCAACUGGCAGCGCGUGCUGUCCUGUGUGUCUACACUGGUCGUCUGCUUCCCAGAGGCACUGCAGCUGGUGCAAGAUUGGGUGGCCCGUUUGAUGGCCCAUGCCUUCGAGAGCUACCAUCUGGACAGCAUGGUCACUGCCUUCCUGAUUGUGCGCCAGGCUGCCCAGGAGGGCCCCUCUGUAUUCCCAUCCUACGCAGACUGGUUCAAGGCCUCGUUUGGGAGUGCACGGGGCUACCACAGCUGCAGCAAGAAGGCUUUGGUCUUCCUUUUCAAGUUCCUGUCCAGCCUCGUGCCCUGGGAAGCCCCCCGGUACAUGCAGGUGCAUGUUCUCUACCCGCCCCUGGUGCCCGGGAAGUACCGCACCCUCCUCACUGACUACGUUGCCCUGGCUAAGACUCGGCUGGCUGACCUCAAGGUUUCUCUGGAGAAUAUGGGGCUCUACGAGCAUUUGUCCUCAAGUGAGGAUGUCACAGAGAACCAGCCCCACAGCCAGGCAGCUCAAGACGUGGAGAAGGCCCUCCUAGUGUUUGAGCACACGGGGAAGAUCCCAGUCCCGGUCAUGGAGGCUAGCAUAUUCAGGAGGUCCUACUACCUGUCCCACUUCCUGCCUGCCCUGCUCACACCGCGAGUGCUCCCGUCAGCCCCGGAUUCUCGAGAGGCUCUCAUAGAAGCCCUGAAGAGAGCAGAUAAAAUCCCCCAGUCUCUGUAUGCUGCCUACUGCCAAGCCUGCUCCACUGCUGAGAAGCCUCCAGAAGGUGCAGCCUCGGGAAUGAGGGCAGAACCCACCCAUGCUGAGGAGCCCCUGGGACCACUCAGGGUUGCGCUGAGAGAACUCAGAGCCUUGAUGGCAGACCCCACCCAGGCUGACGUUAUAUCUGCUCAGAUGGCCGUGGUUUCUGAACGACUGAGCACAGCCUUGGAGCAUGGUGACGAUGACAGCCCCCAGGGCAGAGGGAGGAUUCAGCUCAAUGUCCUUGCUCCAGAACUUCAGCAGCAGGAGCAGCUGGUGGUGGACCUCCUGCUCUCAGCUUUCUGUCAGAGCCUGAUGGUGGCCUCCAGCUCUGCCCCUCCAGAGAGGCAGGGUCCCUGGGCAGCCGCCUUUGUGAGGACCCUGUGUGGACCUACGCUGCUCCCUGCAGUCCUCACCCGCCUCUGCCAGCUGCUCCACCACCAGGGCCCACGCUUGAGUGCCUCCCAUGUGCUGGGCUUGGCUGCCCUGGUUGUCCACCUGGGUGAACCUGGGUCUGCACUCCCGGAGGUGGAGCCAGGCCCUCUUGCCCCUGCCAGCAGCCUUCCUGUCCCCAGGUUCCUCGACAGCCUCCUGACGUGCCACACCAAGGAGUCCUCGCUCUUCUGCCUGAGGUUCUGCACCGCAACGCUCUCUUACGCUUUGUGCAGGGUCUGUCCCCAGCCCUGCGACUCUUGGCACAGCUGUUUGUCUCCAGGUCUUGUCAAAAAGUUCCAGUUUCUUGUGUUCAGAUUCUUCUCAGAGGCCCGGGUGCCUCUCCCUCAGGAGGAUGCAGCUGGCCUUCCCUGGGGACCCCUGUGCCUUUCCCCUGCAGACUGGAAGAUGGCCACCCUUGCCCUGUGGAGACAGGGCCACUUCCAGGAGCUGCUCACUGGGGAGUUUCGUCUAACCUUUGGGGACUGGCUGCAACUGGAACUGGAAAUCCAACCUGGAGCUGAUGCCCUGUCAGACACAGAGAGACAGGACUUCCACCAGUGGGCAAUCUAUGAGCACUACCUCCCUGCGCCCUCUGCUUCAGGAGGCUGUGAUGGAGACCUGCAGGUGGCGUGCACAGUUCUGAUCAAUGUGCUGAUGGACUUCUAUCAAAGUUCGAGGAGUUGGAAUCACUUGGAGAGCUCUGGCUGGGUCCCUGGUGGCCACACAGGAAGUGGGGAUCUUCUUUCCAGGCUGCAGGAGAUGGUUCUUGACCUGGAGCUGGAGCAGGGUGCAGCUACUCAGGGACACUUUGUCUUCUCGGUGUUGCGCAGCCGGCUGCAGCCUCUGGCAGGUGGGGCAGGUGUGGCCACCAGCCUCCAGAGACAGCAGGAGCUGCUUGCGUGCAGACGGCUCCUCCUUCGCCUGCCUCCAUCCAUCCUGGUUGGCGGCCUGCAGGCCCGACAGCCCAUCGACCCCCUCUGCGAGGAUUUCUUUCACUUGGUCAACUCUGAGCUGAGAAACUUCUCCCAGGGAGGUGCCUUGACCCACGACAUCACCAUCCAUUUCUUCAGGGGGCUCCUGAAUGCCUGUGCACACAGCCACGACCCCUUGCUGACAGCCAACCUGACUCUGACUGGGUGCCAGACCAAAUGCCCCAUCCUUCUGACCUCUGCGCUGGCCUGGUGGUCAAGCCUAGAGCCUAUACUGCAAAGUCGGUGGAGAAAACGCUUCCAGUGCCCACUGCCCCUUGAGCUGCAGAGGCUGCAGGAAGCCCAGCAGUUUGCCAGCAACUUUCUGGCCCCUGGCUCGACUUCCCCUGCACCCAGCCCUGCCUGGGUUUCAGCUGCUGCGUUGCACUUUGCAGUGAAAAAAGUCAAGACGGAAGGUGCCAGAUGGCCGAAGCUGGACUGCGAGAGAGAGGAGCUACUGGUUCCCCUCUUUUUCUUUUCCUUAAUGGACCUGCUCUCGUCACAUCUGACCCCAAACGACACGGUUGACCCCCCGAAGGCUGUGGACACCUGUGCUGAAGUCCUUGAGUGUUUGCAGAGGCGGAGGGUGGAUUGGCUGGUGCUCUUUCAGUUGACAGAGACAGAUGCGGGGCUAGGGCACCUUCUCCUCCGCCUGGCCCCAGACCAGCACACCAAGCUGCUGCCUCUUGCCUUCUACAGUCUUCUCUCCCAUUUCAAAGACGACGCCAUCAUUAGGGAAGAGGCCUUUCUGCGUGUUGCUGUUGACAUGUACUUCAAGCUGGUCCAGCUCUUCAUGGAUGGGGAGACCAGGGCUGUGUCAGCUCCAGCCAGCAGGAGACUAGAGCUCCAGGGCCAGUCCUCUCCCCAGCCUGGCAACCCUGUACAACUGAUCACAGAAGCUCGUCUUUUUCUGCUGCAGUUAAUACCUCAGUGCCUGAAAAGCGGCUCCUCAAACAUGGCAGAGCUGCUGGCUGGUCGGGAAGACUGGGACCCUGGGGUGAGCAGCGCCCUUCUGAGCAGGCAUCGGGCUGUGCCUGACACUGACCUCUACCAGGAGCCCCGUCUCUUCUGACUGGACUCUGCUCAGUGCACCAGCCUGGCUCCUUUGUAAAUAAUUUAUUGCAAGCAUAACAUGAAGCUCUUGUUGCACUAGAAAAUGGGUUACAAAUCUCCUUGGCUGCAGAAGUUAGGAAAAGGAAUCAGUUACUCAUCAUCUGUCUGGCCUCAAGUAGCUCAGUACUUGGAAAAUAAGCUGCUGGUCCCAGAGUGACAGAAAGGCUACACGCUUCUCAAGCUCCCUUGACCAGCCAGGGAGAGAGGCGCCCUCCAGCCUGCCUGACACGUGAUUCUACACGUGGGGCAGGGAUGCAGCGUGGACUCCCAGAAGCACGCAAAGCUGUGCCCCAGUUAGAGAACGUGGAAACGUCUUUAGACCCCACCUCACACCUGCAGAGUUCCAGCUGCUCUAAGUGCCACUGUCCCACCUGCCAACCUCAGGUAGGCUCUGGCUUCACAGCCUGGCCUUCCAUGGCCCCAGAGGGGCUUGGGGACCCAGGUGGUGGCUCCGCCUCCAGGGGUAGGGCUUUGUCCUGGGUCUGUGUCAGAGGGUGCACCAUAGACAUAUGCACAUUGAGGUUGUGGGCCUUCUCAAACCGCCGGCCGCACUGGUCACAGGCAAAGUCCAGCUCUGUCUCCGCCUUGUGUUUGGUCAUGUGGUACUUGAGGGAUGCCCGCUGCCUGCACUGGAACCCACAGACUUCACACCUGGGGACAGAGGCAGGUGAGGGAGGCUGCACACCAGUCCCAGCCUCCAAGCACCCAGCCCACACUUACUGCAAAGGCUUGGCUCCUGAAUGGCGCAUCUGGUGGACAAGAAGGUGCUUCCUCUGCUUGAAGGUCUGUCCGCAUUCAUCACAGAUGUAGUUGCGUACCUCUGGAGACCAGAAAGGGAGUGAGCAUGGGUCCCCAAGACACAUUAGCCCCGUGGUGUGUAACCUGGCACAAACACUGUGUGCCCACGCCAGGGCCUUGUUCACAGAUGGGUAUUUUCCGAAUAUAAACAAAAGCUUCUGAAUGGUGCA